CAGGGCAGGGGGGUAUGAUGUCAGUGUUGUUUUGCUGGAGGGCCCAUCACGUGCUCGGCUCCCUCCCCCAGAGGCGGGGGCAGGGGGAUGAUGCAAUCCUGGGUGCGGUGGCAAUAAAAGGGGGGCCGGCGACGUGGGGUGGAAAACAAGUGCGGACGAACGCUCCCUGCACCAGGCCCAGACGUCCAGGACAGAGCCAUGGCCGGGGCCCUGCUUGAGCCCCACAAGCUGGUCCCCACCCCCUUCGAGGGGCAGCACUUCGACCCCUACGACUACUACAGCCUGACCGAGCGCUACAGCAUGCCGGGCGGGUGCAGCCGGAAGGGCCGCUCCAAGCGGGAGGCCGCUGGGAACACAAACCGGCCCAACCCCGCUGGCCACGAGCGCAAGAUCACCCUGAAACUGCAGCACUCCGAGCGCCGGCGUGGCCAGGAGUGAGCCCCACGCUCUGAACCUCCCAAGCGAACCUGGUUCCAGACUCAACGGCAACGCCACACGGACACAGAGACUAGCCGGACGGACGCCCCCUGCCAAGAUGGCCGACACCCAGCGGGGAUGAGGGGCGCCAGGCGGCUAUGCUGAGACUCCUGCCAUGGCAGCCCAGGCCUCUCCUAACAGGCCUCUGUGGGGAGGAGCAGCGAGGGGGCCCUGAGCAGCCUCGCUGGUGGGGGGGGGUGAUUUGGCUCAUUUCCAGCGGGGAAGAGAAGAGGGAAUUGUGGGGUGAGGGUGAAGGGGGGGCACCGAGGGGGUAGGUCUGUCUCCCCCCCCCCCCCCGCAAUAAAGACACUUAACAUCUGCAAGGCUGAUGGGGCUUUGCCUCGUGCGAGGGGAAACCGGCCCCUCAAGAACAGGGCAGACAGCACCUUGAGGGGGUUGCUCCCCACAGAAUGGGGGACACGCCCCUCAACUCCCCCACGGGCCCCUGCGGCUGGGGGGUGCCUGGGCCCCCCUGAGCCCUGUGGGGUGGUAGAUGAUGGGUAUGAGACAUUUAUCCUAGUGGAGCAUUUAAUGCUGCAGCUGCUGCUGGGGGCCUGCAGAGCCCCCCACGGGUCAGGGGGAUUAGAGGGGCCUGGAUCUGGGAGGGAUGAGCAAUGAAGCAGCAUUGGCACCGAUGACAUCACUUCCUGUCACAAGGGUGGCCAUCUUGGAACUCACGCCAAGGGGUGCAGACAUUACUUCCUGCUGCCAAGCUUGGCCAUUGCCCAUCAGUGGGGCAGCCCUUUUGAAUGUCAUGGCAGGCGAUUCCCCCCACACACACAUACCUGACUUUAGGGUGACCCUGGGGCUGCCCCCUGUAACUAGCUCAAGGGAGGGUAUAACAACUCCCAGCAUCCUUUGCAGCUGGCGGGGAAAGAGGCUAACAGCCUAUUAAUUGUGGGGAGGCCCUCAUAGCCCCGACUCCUGGGAGGGGGUUCAGUGAUAACAGUGCCCCCCGGACAGCUGUCAAUCACAUGCUGAAGGCACCUCUAGUGGGGUGGCUGGUGCUGGCUAUACCAACCAGUCAGAGGCUCAUGGGUGUAUGGAGUCAUCCAAUCACAGACAAGGGAGGACCCAGGGGUGCAUCACAGGCCAGCACAGGUGAGGGUGGCCCCAUCCAAUCACAAACUGCACCUCUCUGGAGCUAGCAGACUCGGCCAAUGAGAGAAGAGGGGGCACAGGCCUCAAA